GACCGCAGGAGCAAGCAGGACGCCGAGACCAAGCGCAUCGAGAGUAACCAGAAGAUUCAAUUGCUGAAGCACUCCCUCAAGCGCUAUGAGGACCUGCACGUUGACAUCGAUGGCGCAGACGACGGCGAUGGUAAGCUCCUGGCAACAUGCACAUAAUCUUCGCUGACAUGUUUGUAGACGAUAGCUUGAGCGUACCUAGCCAGAGAAAGCCUCUCAGCGGUCACCUCUCCCUGACAAUUCACGCAGUCGCCGAUGUUGACCACGCAGCUACCGGUCGCUUUAGUCGAGGACCCGAGACCUUCAUCAACAUCAAAGUCGAAGACACUAUCAAAGGACGCACCAAGCCCUCGAGGAACGAUCGCUGGAUCGAAGAAAGACAUGAAUUCGACAUUGACAAGGCGAACGAGAUUGAGAUCACGGUAUACGACAAGACCGGUGACCACGCACUGCCCAUUGGUAUGCUCUGGGUGCGCAUCUCAGACAUUGCUGAGGAGAUGCGUCGAAAGAAGAUUGAGACCGAGCUGCAAACCUCUGGAUGGGUUGCUGCAGACAAGAUGGGAGGCCACGCAGGCAUUCAGCCAGAUCUUCAAUUCCAGCCACCUCCAGGACAGAAUCCUGCUGGAGGAGCUGGUACCGGGCCGGGCGGUAUGAGACCUGCGGGAGCCGGGCAACCCCAGACAGGACCCAUCACAAUCGAUGACUGGUUUUCGCUGGAACCUGUUGGCCGUAUUCACCUCACGAUGGCGUUCGCAAAGCACACACAGAACAAGACUCCAUUCGAUGUCGGUCUCGGUCGAAAGGGUGCUGUCCGUCAGCGCAAGGAAGAUGUUGUCGAACAGUACGGACACAAAUUCGUGCAGCAGCAGUUCUACAACAUCAUGCGCUGCGCUCUUUGCGGCGACUUUUUGAAGUACUCUGCGGGUAUGCAGUGUACUGAUUGCAACUACACGUGUCACAAGAAGUGUUACCCUAAGGUGGUCACUAAGUGCAUCACGCAAUCGAAUGCCGAAACCGAUCCAGACGAAGCCAAGCUGAACCAUCGCAUUCCUCAUCGUUUCGAAACCUUUUCCAAUAUGGGAGCCAAUUGGUGCUGCCACUGCGGUUAUGUCCUACCGCUGGGACGGAAACAGACCAAGAAGUGUGCAGAAUGUGGUCUUACUUGCCACGCUCAUUGUGUGCACUUCGUACCCGACUUUUGCGGCAUGUCGAUGGAGACUGCCAACCAGAUUCUUAUGGAGAUUAAGAAGACCAGAAAAGGACAAUCGGCUUCUGGCUCGACAAUGACGAAUCGAACACUGCGUCAACCGCAGAAACCGUUGCCUCCAACGCAGCCCCCACAGCCUGGCCAAGAACCACCGCAGACCGAUAGGUACUCGUACGGCAAGAACGAAAGCAUUGCACCACCUGGCAAUCAACGAACGCAAUCGUAUGCACCAUCAUCCCAGGCUUCUGGUGCUGCGCGCACCUCUUACUCCUCAGGUGGCUCAACUGCGCCUACGUCACCCACCUCUUCUCAACGACCUUCCUCAGGACGAACGCAGUCCUCGCAGUCCGCGAUUGCCGCCGCUGCCGCUGUGAUGUCGAAACCUCCGGUGGCCAACGCGGCUUCUGAUUAUAGACGUUCCCAGGCAGACUACCAGCCCUCUGCUAAACCUGGCAGUGGAUACCCACAGGAUCAACGUACGCCGCAGCCUCUCCCGCAACAAGCCACAUACAACCCACAACAUUACGCAGAUGUCGAUAAGCGACAACAGCCACCGUAUUCUCCUCAGUCAGGAGCGCAGUACGGCAACAAUCAGUCGUACGCACACCCUCAGCCUCCACAGGCUGCGCCUCCACAGCAGCAACCUCAACCCCCGGCGAAGGAUCCCCGCCCGCAGCAACAGCAGCAACAGCAACAGCAGCAACAGCAACAGCAACAGCCGGCAUCAGCUUUGACCAAGGCUCCCGAGAACAAGGUCACUCCACCGGCCAACACACAAGGCACCGGCAGGAGGAUAGGAUUGGAUCACUUCAAUUUCCUUGCGGUUCUUGGAAAGGGUAACUUCGGUAAGGUCAUGCUUGCGGAGACCAAGAGCACAAAGCAGUUGUAUGCCAUCAAGGUCUUGAAGAAGGAAUUCAUCAUCGAGAACGACGAGGUUGAGAGCACGCGCUCUGAGAAGAGAGUGUUCUUGAUUGCGAACAAGGAGAGACACCCGUUCUUGCUUAAUCUGCACGCCUGUUUCCAGACAGAAACUCGUGUCUAUUUCGUCAUGGAGUACAUCAGUGGUGGUGAUCUGAUGUUGCACAUUCAGAGGGGUCAAUUCGGUACCAAGCGGGCCCAGUUCUAUGCAGCUGAGGUCUGUCUUGCCUUGAAGUACUUCCACGAGAAUGGUGUCAUUUACCGUGAUCUGAAGCUUGACAACAUCCUGCUCACAUUGGAUGGACACAUCAAGAUUGCCGAUUACGGUCUCUGCAAGGAAGAGAUGUGGUACGGCUCGACAACCAGCACCUUCUGCGGUACGCCUGAGUUCAUGGCACCUGAAGUAAGUUAUGUUGCAUUGUGGAGAAAGUCCUUUGACUAACGCAUCAUAGAUUCUGCUCGACAAGAAGUACGGCCGUGCGGUCGAUUGGUGGGCAUUCGGUGUUCUGAUCUACCAGAUGCUUCUCCAGCAGUCGCCUUUCCGUGGUGAAGAUGAGGACGAGAUCUACGACGCCAUUCUUGCCGACGAGCCUCUUUACCCCAUUCACAUGCCUCGCGAUUCCGUCUCGAUUCUCCAAAAGCUGCUCACUCGCGAGCCCGAGCUACGACUUGGAUCAGGUCCCACCGACGCGCAGGAGAUCAUGUCUCACGCCUUCUUUAGGAACAUCAAUUGGGAUGACAUCUACCACAAGCGUGUCGCGCCGCCAUUCGUCCCAACAAUUACCAGCGCCACAGAUACGAGCAAUUUCGAUACAGAAUUCACAAGCGUAACGCCGGUUCUUACGCCUGUGCAAUCUGUUUUGUCUCAAGCAAUGCAAGAAGAGUUUAGG